CCCGAUUCAGCCCUGGCCUACGUUCCUAGUCUGGCGGGAAACACCAUCAUCUGCUCCUUCUAUGCUGCGUUCACGGUGAUCGCUGCUUACCUUACCAUCAGACACCGCGCCUGGUGGGCAAUCUGUCUUCCCACCGGAACCUUCUUCUCCGCGCUUGGAUUUGCUCUACGUAUCGUGCUGCGUAGUCCAGCGAAUCAAGGCGAUAAGGCCAUCUUUAUUCCGCAAUAUCUCUUCGUCGUGCUGCCACCGGCAUGCUUCCUCGGAUUCGCAUAUAUCGUCGGGGGUAGGCUACUCGUCGCCGUUACGGCAAUGGACGGAGGCGCGGUGACCAAGCCCGGAAUGGAGCCUCUAUGCAGUACACCAGCAGACAACGGACACUCGCGCAACGUUUCACUCGAGCCAACUGACACACGUCAGCCACCUUUGAGUCAACGUUCGCCUUUCGCGAUCUUGCCGCCUCGCCUCUAUACGUUCAUCUUCGUCAUGUCAGAUAUCGUCACCUUCGUCGUUCAAGCCGUUGGAGCCUCCCUGCAGACUAGUGACGACUACGAUACAGUCCUCACGGGCUCACACAUCUACUUGGCGGGAGCCGCCGCUCAGAUGGCCAGUUUCUUCCUCUUUGCACUUAUCAUGAUCCACUCUCACUGCAAACUCUAUCUGGUCGACCCAGAGAGCUACUCGUUCAAGCGAGCCUUCGUCAAGCGCAACCCCGGUAGUGUCCUCUUCGUCACUUUACACGCCGUAGGCAUCUGUAUCCUUCUACGAUGCGCCUUUAGGACCGCGGAAAUGGCUUUGGGCGUCCGAUCUCAUCUAUACAACACAGAGAUCUACACAUUUCUCUUGGACGCCCUGCCUCUUCUGAUCGUGGUGGCCUUCUUCCUUGUGGUCUGGCCGAAGAAAUAUCUGGACAGAGUU